UUCCACCACCUCCGACCUCCUGUACGGGCCCAUCCGUCUUGACAUCCGCCACAAUGAACAGGACUCCCUCCAUCCAGUUUUUAACAUCGACACCGUCAAGAAAGCGUCCCCAUGACCAAAUAUCUGGCUCCAAUUCUGAAAGCAGAAGUGAAUCUCCCUGGACAGCCCAGGAAGAGGCGUCUAAUUCUGCCAACAGCCGUUCAUUUGGCGGUGCACGCUCACAGAACCUUCAACUUCCACGAAUAAGAUAUCCCGGGGACGGAUACGAUUAUAGAAGACCUAUCAUGUCGACCGGAGUGCCUCCACCCCCUCCCUCUUUCCUACAAGCCCAACCGCAGCCAAACGUCAUCGACUUGACCCAAGAUGACUCUAGCCCUCCCUCUCGCUCACCGCAAAUGUCUUGGAUUCCGUCCUCGGGAAGUAGACCAACAGGAGCAAGUCGACCACCGCGGUUCGGAAGGAAUAUCAUGGCAGAUGUUGUCAAUUUGGAACAAGAACCAGGGCAGUCUCCAAGCAACAACCAACAAUCCAGCCCUGAAGUACAGUGGUUAGGAUCCAUUUCUCGGGGAGCUCGCCCUAGAACACAGCCUCAACAAACUACCUCUUCGGAGCAUCAUCAUAGAGGUUUGCCUUUCAGGAGGGGCGGCCUGAUGAAUUUACUAAGGGCCGAUAGACUGGCCCUAAACCGAACCCAAGAAUUCGCGGAAGAGAUGGCAUUGCGCACAAGGGAUAUUGUCGCCUUCAGUCAUGCUAUGACGCCUUUCUGGAUUGGUGAAGCGCCUAGGCAUGGAAUAGAUCUGACCAUUGAUCUUGAUAAUCCGCAGAUGGAUUUAACUCUCGUUGGGCUUGAAUCGUUGAACCCGGACGGUCGCCCGACUUCUCCAGCGUAUCAAUCGCCUCCUGCGCCCCCGGCGGGUUUUACUAGGACCGCCGGUGAAGAUGAUGUCGUGAUAUGUCCUAAUUGCGAGCAUGAACUUGGGACUGGGGAUGAUCCUAUACAGAAGCAAGUGUGGGUGGCAAGAUCAUGCGGUCAUGUUUACUGCGGGCUAUGUACGAAAAACCGUGCUUCAUCUCGUGGGAGGAAAGCAGCCGUACCCGCAAAAACAAAACCUUUCUCAAAGUGUGUGGUCACUGACUGUGGAAAAUCAGUCAGUCAACCGAGGACAAUGCUCCAAAUCUAUCUCUGAUAUUUGGACAUUGCUUUUACCCCUAUUUUUAUCCUGGCUCUUAAUUUCUCAAGGUGCAUUUUUUUGGCGACGGUGUUUUCCGGGCAGUAAUUGGAGGGGGCGUGAUGGCUAUUUUUUAUUUUAUGAUACAGUUUCCAUGGUUGAGCCAUUUCAAGACAAUUGUGCUUAGAUGUUCUCGCAUUGGCAGUGGAUUUUGGCCUGGGAUUCAUGCUUAAGCUUAUAGUGUAUUAGGACCAUUGGAUAAGGCACAAGGGAAUGCAAUAUAGAUCGGACAAUUG